GGUCAAGUGUGCACUUAUGGGGACUUAUUUGCGAAGUUUUAAACAUGUUAAAUCAAGAAAUUUUACUUUUUAUCUGCAAGCCCCAUAAUGGAGAUCAUUCUACCUAAAUUCUGUUUACUCUUUAUAGUAUUCUUUAAUAUCACCCCCYUUAACCACGGAAGAAUCUUAGAUGUUGUCGUAUGGGAUGACAUUUGUACUUCAAAGGAUUUGAGGUCCAUCGAMAUUCUUCUGAGCUCCGACCAAACUGAAUGGUACUUCAACAGUGUUUCUCCCAGCACCUCGAACAAUUCUGGUAUAAGUCUCGGGAAAACUCAUUACUGGACGACGAAAUAUGACCCGAUUUCUUUCUCUGAAAAACCUAUUUGGAACAGAAUUCAACAACGRCUUGCUCAGGAGAUUGGUGUWACAGCAGAUUUUCUUCAUGUUCGGGAAGUAAGUGCUGAAAUUUCYGCACGUGGAGAUAAUACUUUAACUKCSAAUUCUUGYUCUAAAACGGGAUCCAGCCAAGAGGAGGGAUUCGUAGUGGUAAUUUUCGCUAUGUUAAGAAAGUGGGAUAAAAAUUCGUACGGUGAGUUGGUCGUUUAUGAUGACGAUGGUGAGAUCUUGAAAAGCAUUCAUCCGAGGAAUGGCAGGGUGGUUUUAUUCGAUUGUGGCUACAGUUAUGUYAUCAAGCCACCAUCAAUGGACUGUAAAGAAAGGUUUCAUACUUUAACAAUACGCGUUUUAAUGUCAAGUGACACCUCAGUGGCAAAGCUGGAGUUCCCCCCACAGCCAACCCUAAAACAACGAUACACCUCCUCCCGCGAGUUAAUCGCAUCACUCAUUGAUACAUCUGAUUUAACGACUUUAGAUGUCGAAAAGCAUGUCACCAGACAAUUUAGAACGACAAAAGGCCAUCCAAUUAUUGUAUUUGACGACAUAAUUCCGAAAAAUUUACUUGAUUUCUUUGCUGAGUUCAUCAAAAAUGGGAGUUAUGGUAAUGACCCCCCUUCACCAGACAGCACUGACAAUGUUCAAUGGAUUUUGGCCCUUGAAUCAGAGGCUGUAACUGAGUCUCCACUGUGGAAAUACGUUCAAGCCAUAGUAAAUUAUACAUCUAARAAAGAUCAGUUUUACCCUUAUGACGUGGGAUGUAAUAAUAUUCGGAGUCAUGAUACCACAAAGAUCCAUCUUGAUUGCGCGCCGGACCAGGAAGAAUAUACCAUCUUGAUUUAUCUGAAUAAAAACUGGACAAAUAAUGAUCUUGGAGAGACAGUUUUCUUUAACUACGGGAGUGAGCAGCCUAAGGUUAGGAAUGAGAUGGUGUUUGCUAUUAAGCCAAAAUAUGGAAGAGUUGCAAUAUUCCAUGGUACAAUACCACAUAGUGCAAGACCUCCAACACCAUUAUACCAUGGUGCCAGAUACACAAUUGCAAUCAAGAUGGCUUCAUCAAAAGCUGAAGCUUUCCAAAAAACUAUUGAAUUGGGCAUUGAACCAUUGGAAACAUACCUUGAAAAGGCACAACCAGAAGAGAGGGAGGAAGUACGAAAAAUUAUAGCUGACAUAAGAAAUGGCAAGAAAAGUCAAGUUGAAAUGAAACAGAUUGUUGAAAAAUAUGAAAAAAUGAUGGAAGCAAUGUAGUCUAGAAUGAUGUAUUUUACAAAGUUGAUAGCUGGCUGGAUUCCUUUAGUCUGAAAUGCCACACCCAGGAAGUUCGAAAUGGCUAGCAGCAGAAAAAGUAUUGCCCCUAUGCAGAGUACAUCGGGCUAGAUUAAAUAAAGGGAGUAAAAUAACUAAUUUGAAUUGCAUGUUCACAUGUUUAUUUAAAAUACUGGUUUAAAUUAAAGGUAAAGUCACUCCUUUCAAAAGACAGUGAUUUCAAUAGGUAGAAUCGUUAUUCAAUUUAUUAAGGACACUUAAAAUGGUUAGUCAACACCAAAUAGUAAAACCUUGAGGACAAUUGAUAUGUACACUUGAUUACAUAACUCAUUAAAAAGGACGUCAUGUAAAAUUA